AGGCGAACAAUGAGGCGAUUAUCUCCAACACUCUCUCCUGUUCCUUCUUCUUCCUCUCUCUCUAGAUCUCUACCCUUCUUCCAACCACAUGGCUGCCUGCUUUUCUCCCUCGCUGUCCCUGUCUGGGGGAUUGAUCAAGGCCUCAGAUCUCUCCUCUAAGUCCAUUUCCUUUGGGCAUGCACCAAAACUCUCAGUUCAGAAGUGCUUCAAAACCAACCACAAGUUAUCAGUACGUGCUGAGUACAAUGAUGGUGGUAGAAGUGGAGGUGGGGAUUUUGUUGCUGGGUUUCUUCUUGGGGGUGCUGUAUUUGGAACAUUAGCUUAUGUUUUCGCACCGCAGAUCAGGAGAUCUCUUCUAAAUGAAAAUGAGUAUGGUUUUAAGAGGGCAAAGCGUCCAAUCUACUACGAUGAAGGUUUAGAGAAAACUAGAGAGACGUUGAAUGCAAAAAUAGGGCAAUUGAAUUCUGCCAUUGACAAUGUAUCUUCACGUCUGAGAGGUGGAAAGAACACUCCAGCUGUGCCAGUUGAAGCUGAUCCUGAGGUUGAAGCUACCUUUUAAAUUCUGCUUAAACAUGGACUGCUCAAGGUUUGAAGUUUGUACAUCUUAGACACCAUUUCAUCUCAUGUGACAAUUUGCCUCAUUUCAAAGUUUUUUGGAUUUGAUCAAGAUGAGAAUUGGAUAUUGCAGCUUCAUUGUUGGAAUGAUCUUUAAGGUUAUUACCACUUUUAGAACUUUUUAAAUCACCACUGAAUUCCAAUGUAGUUUUUGUUGUCCA